AUUAAUAGCCAAGCGAACCACGCAACGCGGCGUAUCCCGACACACUCGAGCGCGAAACGUUAAAGUCAUUUUCAUUACUUCCGACGAAACUUCCGAACAAACAGCCUCAAAAUGGUGGUCAACUUCAAGGUGUUUAAGAAGUGCUCCCCGAACAACAUGAUCACGCUCUACAUGAACAGGCGUGACUUUGUGGAUUCCGUCACGCAAGUGGAGCCAAUUGAUGGAAUCGUGGUGCUGGACGAUGAUUAUGUGCGCCAGAACCGCAAAAUCUUCGUGCAACUGGUCUGCAAUUUCCGCUAUGGACGCGAGGACGACGAGAUGAUCGGGCUCAGGUUCCAGAAGGAGCUCACCCUGGUCUCGCAGCAGGUGUGUCCGCCCCAGAAGCAGGACAUCCAGUUGACCAAGAUGCAGGAGCGCCUGCUGAAGAAGCUGGGCUCCAAUGCCUAUCCCUUCGUGAUGCAGAUGCCGCCCAGUUCGCCGGCAUCGGUGGUGCUCCAGCAGAAGGCCAGCGAUGAGAGCCAGCCCUGCGGAGUGCAGUACUUCGUGAAGAUCUUCACCGGGGACAGUGACUGCGAUCGCUCGCAUCGUCGCAGCACCAUCAACUUGGGCAUCCGCAAGGUGCAGUACGCACCCACCAAGGAGGGCAUCCAGCCCUGCACCGUGGUGCGCAAGGACUUCCUCCUGUCGCCCGGGGAACUCGAACUGGAGGUCACCCUGGACAAGCAGCUGUACCACCACGGCGAGAAGAUCUCGGUGAACAUCUGCGUGCGCAACAACUCCAACAAGGUGGUCAAGAAGGUCAAGGCCAUGGUGCAGCAGGGUGUCGAUGUGGUGCUCUUCCAGAACGGUCAGUUCCGCAACACGAUCGCCUUCAUGGAGACUAGCGAGGGCUGUCCCCUGAAUCCGGGCUCCAGUCUCCAGAAGGUCAUGUACCUGGUGCCCACUCUGGUGGCCAAUUGCGACCGCGCGGGCAUCGCCGUCGAGGGCGAUAUCAAGCGCAAGGAAACGGCUCUGGCCUCAACCACACUCAUUGCCAGUCAGGAUGCCAGGGAUGCUUUCGGCAUAAUUGUCUCCUAUGCUGUGAAGGUCAAGCUCUUUUUGGGCGCCUUGGGCGGCGAGCUCUGCGCUGAGCUGCCCUUCAUCCUGAUGCACCCGAAGCCCAGCCGCAAGGCCCAACUGGAAGCUGAGGGCUCCAUCGAGGCCUAAACAGAAAUGGCUACCUCAACUAAUGACAAAAAUGGCGUAUUUCUACAUGUCUAACCGAUGUCUGUGGAUCUUAAAAAAUGCUGAUGUUGCUGAAAUGUUCUGAACUGCAGUCGUCGUACUUUUCCUAUAUAGCAAAUCCAAUAUUCAUAUAUGUGUGUAUGUGUAUUAUAUUUAUAACUCAACAAACAAUUAAAUAUGAAAAAAGUUUA